CGACAUGACGUCAAAGAUGCGACACACGUGGUUUACGGAAAUGAACACAUGCCAAUAGCGUAAGCUUUCUGGAAUCUACUUUGUAUUAAAUUAUUCGUGAACUACACUAAUAUUUGAGUUGUCCAACAGCACAGUUUCUUGCACAGCAUGGCAACCGAUGCUAAAAGACUCAAGACAGAGGGCAGCGACCCUCUCCAGAGCUUCCUGCAGUGGUGUGAAGGAGUGGGGCUGAAACUCAACAACAAGUUGUGUUCAUUCUCCAAGGUGUACAUCAGCAAGGAGGGCACAGUGGCAGAGUAUGGCAUGCUGGCUAAGGAGGACAUAGAUGAAGGGGAGUUGCUCUUUACUAUACCCAGAAUGGCUCUCCUGCACCAAGGCACCACCAAGGUCCUGGCUGUGCUGGAGGAGGGUAAAGCAUCUUUGGAGAACACGUCUGGAUGGGUGCCCCUCCUCCUGGCACUGAUGUACGAGUACACAUCUCCCCAGUCCCACUGGAGGCCUUACCUAUCCCUCUGGUCUGACUUCACAGCUCUGGAUCACCCCAUGUUCUGGUCAAAGGAUGAGCGGGACAGACUCCUGAAGGGGACAGGGAUCCCAGAGGCAGUGGAUACUGACCUCACCAACAUCCAGAAAGAGUACAAAGACAUCGUCCUACCUUUCAUCACGUUACACCCUGACCUGUGGGACCCAGAGAGACAUACACUGGACCUCUACAGAAGCCUGGUGGCUUUUGUCAUGGCUUACAGUUUCCAGGAGCCCCUGGAUGAGGAGGAUGAGGAUGAGAAGGACCCCAAUCCUCCCAUGAUGGUGCCCAUUGCGGACAUGUUGAACCAUGUGUCAAAUCACAACGCCAAUCUGGAAUACACACCCGAGUGUUUGAAGAUGGUGUCAGUGCGAAGCAUCCGGAAAGGAGAGGAAGUGUUCAACACAUAUGGUCAGAUGGCCAACUGGCAGCUCCUACACAUGUAUGGCUUUGCCGAGCCAUAUCAAAGCAAUAGCAACGACACAGCAGACAUUCCCAUGUCCAAUGUAUACAAAGCAGCUGUGCAAGUGACUCGGUCUGAAGCCGAACAGCGCCUCCUUGUCGAGAAGUGGAGUCUUUUGUGUGAGAUGGAGAUGGUUGGAGACAAGGGAGUGUUUAUCUUCGGAAAGUCAGGGUCCCUCACCGACACAGAGAUGUACACAACACUCAAGAUCCUGUGCAUGUCAGUAGAGGAGUUUGAGGACUUCAGAGAGAACGAAGGCUGGGAGGAGGCAGAUGAUGACGAGGAGAAAAUGUUGCAGGCGCUCUCCAAUGAGGGCCUGCCUAGUCUGCCCCCUGUCUGGAGGUGUCUGGUGCACGCUGCAGCCCGCUUCACACUGGACUCUUAUGGGGAGGACAUGCUGAAAGACAAGGUGCUGCUGGAGGAUAAAGAUGGCUAUGCUAAACUGAGCAGCCGGCAGAGGAGAGCACUGCAGGUCCGCUACGGACAGAAGACUAUCCUGCAUCAGCUUCUGGAGCUUACCAAACCAUAAGUUCCCACAAAAUCCAUCCCCAAGCACUCCCUGAUGUUAUGAUCUCCACUCAAAACAAGCCUAAAGGGUUAGGCCUAAAGCUGGCCACUGGCUCUAUUGUAACUGAACAUAUUUGGAAAACAACUGAUUUAACUGUAUAUCCUUGUGAAUUUGUAUGUGACUGAUGAGCAAUGGCUUCUUUGAGACUGUUGGAAGUACUGCGCCAUACAAGGUCCUUCAUGGGUCACUAUAAGUUACCCAAACCGGCAAUGGACCUUAGGUGGCCGCAGCUGUUGAGUAAACUGCUUGUUAAACAUAUCGUAAUGUACACUGCUAUCAUGUUUUGCAUAAUAAAACAAAACAGCAGUC